AUGAAGAUGAAUUUCACCUUCGCCUGGCCACUCAUGAUGGGCGCAAUGCUCGGCCCAUCCCUCACAACAGCUCAAGGCCUAAACAUUAGUGCAAUCGGCACAGCGAACAAUGCCUCUACCCUCGAAUGCUGGAAUCUUGCAGCUCCUCCCUUUGGAGCAGCAGGCGCAGCGAACUAUCCCAUUGGAAACUUCACGAAUAGCUUUGUUGGCGUAAUACCACCACAGACGUAUAUCGGGCAGGCGUGGGCGAGACAGAUACAAUAUUCCAUCUUCCUUAGUGGACUAGCACGCAUCGCUUUGCCGACCCGCCCAAGCAUUUCCAGCGAUUCUGAGGCCUACUUCCAAGCCGGUGAGAUUCUGAUUGCCACAGACUUACAGAGUCUGUCUGCUCUAGGUCACAUCACAGACUUUCCAAGCAGUGUUGACACCACCAUCGCUCAGUUUCCUGUAGCUGGCAAUGUUGUACCUGAGCACAAGGUAUUACAUGCCGGCCGCUGCUCGAAGGACGAUUGA